AAUGGCCGCGUCGCACCAAGACACACACAAGCUUAGCUACGUACAACAUUCAUCAUCCAUCACCCAUAUCGUUCAAGAUGCCGCCACGAAACGGCAACCUCGUCCUCGCCGCCGCCGCCGCCGCGCUGCUCGUGCUGCUGGCGUCGCCGCCGUCGUGCUCCGCCGCGGCGCCUCGUCGUCGGGACCCCGUGGUGGUUCCCGUCACCAGGGACCCGGCCACCUCGCUCUACACCAUCCCCGUCAGGUACUACGACAACCUCGUCGUCGACCUCGCCGGCCCGCUCGUCUGGUCGACGUGCGCCGCCGACCACCUGCCGGCGUCGCUGUCCUGCCAGGACCCGACGUGCGUGGUCGCCAACGCGUACCGUGCUCCGACCUGCAAGGUCACCGGCGGCGGCGGCGACUGCAGCAAGAACGUGUGCACGGCGUACCCGUACAACCCGGUGACCGGGCAGUGCGCCGCCGGGAACCUUGCCCACACGAGGUUCAUCGCCAACACCACCGACGGCAAGAACCCUCUGAUCCAGGUCUCCGUCAAGGCCGUGGCGGCGUGCGCGCCCAAGAGGCUCCUGGCGCGGCUGCCGCGCGGCGCCACGGGCGUCGCCGGCCUCGCCGCCUCCGGCCUCGCGCUCCCGGCGCAGGUCGCGUCGUCGCAGGGCGUCGCCGGCAGGUUCCUCCUCUGCCUCCCGAGGCUCGGGUACGGCCAGGGCGUGGCCAUCUUCGGCGGCGGCCCGAUAUACCUCGGCGAAGGGCUGCCGGACUUCACGACGACGCUGGACUACACCCCGCUCGUCGCCAAGAGAGACAACCCCGGCUACUACGUCACCGCCAACGCCAUCGCCCUCGAUGACGCGCGGCUACCCCUCCCGAGCGGCGCGCUCGCCGCCGGCGGCGUGGCGCUGCGCACCGCCGUGCCGUUCGGCCAACUCCGGCCGGACGUGUUCCGCCCGUUCGUCCGGGAGUUCGAGAAGGGCCUGAACCGGAGCGACGCGAAGGUCGCCGCCGUGGCGCCGUUCCCGCUCUGCUACAGGGCGUCGAUGCUGGGGAACACGCGGAUCGGCUACUUUGUGCCGGCGGUGAGGCUGAUGCUCGCCGGCGGGAAGAACUACACGAUGACGGGGACCAACUCGAUGGUGGACGUGAAGGGGGGCAAGGCGUGCCUGGCCUUCGUGGAGAUGAAGUCCGGCGACGCCGCCAGUUCGCCGGCGGUGAUCCUCGGAGGGUUCCAGAUGGAGAACAUGUUGCUGCAGUUCGACUCGGAGAAGAAGCGGCUCGGGUUCGCGAGGCUGCCGUUCUACACGUCGUGCAGUAACUUCAAUUUCACCAAGACUCAGUAGAUAAUUUACUUACUUACCACUGUUUCGCGGCCAUGUAACUGUAACUGUAAUGUCGGUGUCCGGCAUGCCAUAUGCCCGUAUCUGUCACCCAUUUAAGAACUUUGCUUUUAAUAUAUAGUCCAUCUACCAUCUACAUGCAGUAUUUGAAAAAUGUUCCACGUGAUGCGAAUAUUUGAUGUUGA